GUUGACUGCCGGGAGACUUCCGAGGUUCACAAGCUUGCUAUGGUGGCAUUCCUGCAGUAAGAAUUCUAGUUCCAGGCCUAGUUCGUCAAGGGGAAACAGCAUUGGAGUCUGGUGACAGGCUCGAAAGAAGCACUAGAGCCUAGAGGUGACCCCUUCGAGAAGGCACGAGAAGACGCAUGCCCAUGCGCAGGGUUGCUGCCAGACGACUCGAACAGGAAUUCUACACUCAGAUGCUGGACUGGUGGUGCAUGAGAGUCCGCCCAUUACGUACAAUUGUAUCGUUAGUCACAAGCUCUUGCACCGGUUCGCAUGAUGGAGGGCCGGGGCGGCAGCAUUGCGUUUGCGACAGUCGGCAGGCCGCAGUACGGCUUUGACAUCUUCUCCCUUCCUUUUCCACUGUGGAACGGCUCCACCAAUCAGAAACCAUCAAGUGACAGGGCCGCAGAAACACAGGCGCCCAGUACUCAAAGCUCACUUGCACAACCACUUCUGGAACCAGAAAGUUUGUGGUCUUCGGAAGAGAGACACUGGGGCGGCCGCUCGAGCCCUGAGCUGAAGCACACCGAUGGGCAAUCGGUGAAUUUCAAUGGGCACUUUGUGCCUGGGGCAGUGGUUGACCGCUGGCUAAAACAUGCGGUUGGGGGAAAGCCCCGGGAAAAGCACACAGCUGACAACAGAGAGACGCUUUCAGCUGCGUCAAUUGGGCGCAUGCGCCUGGAAGACGAUGGCCGGGACCCAGUCUUGGGGCUUGUGUUUGUGUCGGAGCGAGGGGGAUCCCCCAGCAUCUAUGCCACCACAGUCAAGAUCCCCCCGGAAGAGAAUACUGCCCAAUUGACAGCAAGUAGCCAGAAGGAAAGCAAGUGGGCAGCAGGCGGAGGCGACAAUGUCAGCGAACUGAUUGCGCACAAGACCGGCAAUGUGAGCGGUGGUCAAAUAAGCAGUGAAAACGUGAGAAGUGGCGAUGUAAGCAGUGGUGAGACAAGGGGCAUGGAUAUAAGCGGGGUAAUUAUGAGUGGUGGUGAGAUGAGCGAUGGUGGGGAGGUCAGUGAUUGUGCGCAGGUGGUAGCGCUGACGGACGGGUUCUGUAUGGAGGACCGGCCAGGCAUGACACCGGAUGGCGGGCAGUUGGUCUUUUCGUCGACCAGGGAGGACUCAGGCAAGGCGCAUCUGAGCUGGAGUGCCGUGUAUCGGAUGGACCAAGCGACCGGCUCCGUGCGCCGAUUGACCCCAAAGGGAAGCGCUGACUUCAGCCCGGCAGUGUCGCCUGAUGGGAGACUGGUCGCAGCCGCCACUCAGCCAGGCCCAGGCAGCCUUCAUGUGUCGGAGCCCUACACUUUCGACGUCGUCGUCUUCGACCUGGAAGAUGGGUCCUCGCGCCGCCACCUGGCGCGCAAUGGCGGUUGGCCGGCAUUCACACCGGACUCGAAGGGGGUGUAUUUUCAUCGCAAGUGCGAGGACGGGUGGUGGAGCAUCUUCAAGACACAGAUUCCCCCGGUCGCCACGUCACCCGCCCAAGGUGACGCCAGCGAGGUCCGGGUGACGCCACCUGGCAUGCACGCCGUGACUCCCGCGGUUCACCCGUCGGGACAAUGGCUGGCGGUCGCGACGCGGAGAAAAGGCUCCGAGUAUCGCCACAUCGAGCUGCUCAACCUAGUUACGGGCGCAUUCACACCGCUGACCCAACCCGUGACUUCCGACGCGCACCACUACGGCCCGUUCUUUUCUCCGGACGGCAAACGAGUCGGGUACCACCGCAGCAGGGGGGCUGGUUCGCGGGCGAAAGCAAGGGGGGGAACCGGGGAGAGUGAAGCGGGAGAAGGUUGGGAGGGUGCACGAGUGGAAGAGGGAGAAUGGGUGCUGGUUCCGAACGAGGAUGCGAGAAGAGGAAGGGGCAGUGUGAAGGGGCAAUUCCCCGGGUGUCCCGUGCACCGGGCGCCUCCCGACGGGGGUGUUCACACUGGCGAAGAGAGCGCGCCUUCGUCGGCCCCGGGCAGCAAAUGCCAGCAAAAAGAACUCCUCAAAGGAGAGAGUGUCCGGGCGCAGGUAAUCAAACCCGACGCAUCCUUGACGGUCCCAAACGUGGAAUCCGUCCAGUCCCCCGAUCCUGGAAUCUCUCUUUUGCGAGUGGAAGGCGCCUUUCCGGCUUUCAGUCAGGACGGUUCCCAGCUCGCGACGAUUCACAACAUGGGGGCGGAAAACGGUGAGAUCGUGGUCGUGAAUUCGGACGGUACGAACCGGCGGACCGUCGUCCUCGCGCCCGCGUUCGGACUGUCCUGGGGCGAUGGCGAGAUUCUCUACAGCGAGGGGCCGAUUUUCGCGAGCGAACGAACGGAGGUGCGGAUCGCAAAGGUCAAGGUGGGGGGGAGCUUUUCGGGCGAGCAAAACACUGAAGUUUCCGGAGAAAAGAAAGUUGGGCUCUUUUCGGGUGAGGAGAAAGGGGAGGAAGUUCCAAGAGAGACGAACGGAGAAAGAAUGACAAGGGAGAAGCAAGGGGAUGAAGUAUCUGGAGAGCAAGACGGGGGGAAGCUUAGCGGAGCGCACGAAGUGGGGAAGAUGGCGAAGUCUGACGUCAGCGAGGCGAGCGCUGACGUCACCGUGCUGACGUCGCCCGGCACGGGCAACAACGCCUUCCCGUCGGCGUCCCCCGACGGCGCGCGAGUGGUCUUCCGCUCGAGCCGGUCCGGUUACAAGAACCUGUACAUAAUGAGCGCGGUAGACGGCGAUCGGGGGGGUGUUUUCCGGCUCACUUCAGGCCCCUGGGACGAUACGAUGCCCAACUGGGCGCCCUCGGGGGAGUGGAUCGCGUUCUCCUCCGAUCGAGAUAACCCGGGGAAAGGGGGGUUUGACGUUUACGUGGUUAGGCCGGACGGAUCCGGGUUAAGGAAGCUGGUUGACGCGCACGGCGGCCGGGCGAACCACCCGGCGUUCAGCCCCGACUCAAACCGGGUUACGUUCGCAAGCGAUUUGGCGUGGGUUUCGGCGGAACCGGUGGUUUACCCCAGGCAGUUUCAGCCGUACGGGGAGGUUUACGUCGUUAACGUUGACGGGUCAAAUCUCACGAGGAUGACGCAUAACGCGUAUGAGGACGGGACGCUUGCGUGGGGGCGGAAGUAUAUAGCGCGGGAGGCGGUUUCGGAGGAGGGGAUAGAGUUAACAGGGCAGAUGACAGACUCAAUCAGGAUGUGAGAAGCUUUGGCUUACUUCUUUUGAUAGGUCAGUCAGGCUCGGGUUUUGGCGAACCUGGCAACGGCGGAUUGUAGAUAGAACUGAGUGUAAAUAUCUCUUUGCGGCCUUUUUGGCAUAGCCUCACGACAAACCUUCGCAGCGGCGUUCGAGUGCUAGCUUUUUAGUGUACAAAAAACAUCAGGGCCAGUCAGCAGUGACGCGCGCAGAAGUUCUGUCAGAUUUCUUGCGGAAACUUGUAUACUAGCUGUGGAUAAGCAAACUGCUGAGGAGUGCGUUUUCGUUGAAAGGACACCUGAGCUGUAAUGAGCCGAAAGGCCAACGAAGUGAUCACGAUGCCUGCGAUAUAGAAGUGACAAUUGGGACCGCAAAUCUGAAAAAGGACCAUGUCUUGAAAGCGCAAGCAGAAGAGGCGGAGGCUAGUAUUCCGCAGGGAUACAAUCUCAGAAGCAUCGUCAAGAGUUAAUUGAAUACUAAGUUCACG